GCCAGGGGUUAAAAAAAAGUUUCUGGAAAAAGGAUUUUUUUUUUUCUCCCAUUGAUGCCUCCAAAAUACAUUGAGCAGCACCGUGACCAAGCAUUUUCUUGAGGGAAUACAAAUAUACGCCUCGGAGACCCUCGCGACACCCCCUGCAAUGUGGACACUCCCCUGCCAUGGGAACUGGCAAUUAUUUGCUCUAAUUUGCAACAGAAAGCUUUUUUUUUUUUUUUUUACUCUGUGGUGACUGUUUGAGCAUGUUCUAUUUAGUCUUCUCCUCGGGCUCUCUAAGUGAUUAAAAAGUGUGGCAAUUCAGCCAGCGAGGAAGAAAGGGGAAGCGCAAAUACGACCGCGUGACCCCUCUUGUCGAGAGGCCCGCCGUUGCGCAGAAGCUCUCGAACGGGCUCUCCAAGAGGACGGACGUCGCAUCCCCUCGGAGGGAGCUUCUUCGAGCCGCUCGACUGGCAUGGGCGCGUCGUGGGCUGCCGCGCGCGGGUCACUGGCUGAAAGAGCAGGAUCGGGCCUUUUGGACGCCGGCCAAAUAGGAUCUCACCCUGUCGCGCUCCAUCCGGAUUCGGACAAAAGGCCGGUCGGGCUUGGAAGAGAUGCUCUCAUCCUUACGAUAACGGCCAUAUAAAAAAAAAAAAAAAAGAGGAUCUUUUGGGUGAAACGUUCGGACUUGGAGAUGGAGGUGCAGAGCCGACUGCUGAACUCAGCCUUGAUGCACUUGGAUGUAAACCUGAUGGAUUUUCCGGCAAAUCAGCAAGCGGCCGACAGUCCGGACAGCGAUGCGUCCUGGAGCCCCGAGCGCGGCUCGUGCGCGGAAGAUCAUCCGGUGAUCGGAAGAGGAAGAGGAGGAGGAGGAGGAGGAAGGUCCGGCAGGUCCAAGAGGAGGAGGAUCAUCACGGUGGUCCAGCGACAGGCGGCGAACGUGCGCGAGCGCAAGCGGAUGUUUAGUCUGAACGAGGCGUUCGACGCGCUCAGGAGGAAAGUGCCGACGUUCGCCUACGAGAAGAGACUCUCCCGCAUCGAGACGUUGCGGCUCGCCAUCGUCUACAUCUCCUUCAUGAAAGACCUUUUGGAGAACACUUAGCGGGUUCGCUCCAUCCGGCGCACGAUCCGUGACAAUAUUUGACGUCCGAGAAGUCGACAGCCGGAAUUGUCUAGCAAGUUCCGAGUCGCGUGAUCCGACCAACUUCUUCAAAUCGAUCUGCCUUUUUAGUUUUUUGUUUUUGAUUGCGUAAAGUAUCGCGUCAAUCAAUCGUGACGCUCCGGUCGUCAUAAUAGGUACACCCUGCACCUUGAUCCAAUCGGAAAUAAAGAUUCCAUUUUGAUUGACA